AUGUCGGCCUCCAUGCAUGUUAGCGAGGAAAUUCUAAAUAAAUUCGGAAUAAAGGAGCUUAAGCCAUUUCAAGAACAAACAAUAACGCGCUUAUUGAAAGGAGAGGAUGUGUUCCUCUGUAAAAAGACGGGUGGUGGUAAAAGUAUUUGCUACCAGGCAUACCAGCCAUGCUGGACUAAUUUACACGGUGACGUUGAAAAGUGUCAAGUACUGGUUGUGUGUCCGCUCCUAAGUAUUAUGAAGGAACAGUGCGAAUGUUUGUCUGCCGCUGGAUUUAGUGCGACGUACAUUGGAACAGAUCGGGAUGAUGAGGAAGCACUAUUGAAUGGGGACUUCCAAUUUGUUUACACAUCACCUGAACAUAUUCUAGGUGUCAGUAAAUGGAAUGGCAUGUUCAGGAGCACAACAUCUUUCCAGUUGCUUGUGAUGAAGCACAUACAGUUCUUCACUGGGGGCAGUUCAGAAAAGGCAGACAUUCCAUUUCGACCAUGGUUUAGCAAGCUUGGAAAAAUCAGAUCAUUGAUCGACUGUCCAGUUUUGUUGAUUACAGCCACAGCCAAUAAAGCUGCGAGAAUGAAGCUUCAGUCCAUGUUUUGCAUGAAAAGCUGUUUUGAAAUUAUAGAUAACCCUGACCUUGAAAACAUAAAGUUAUUUGUAACUAAAGUGAAAAGUACAAUUCCUCUAUCUGAAAUAUUUUUCUUCAUCAUUCAAAAAGUUAAAGCUGAAAAAGAUACUUGUGAAAGGUACAUUAUCUUUUGUCAGUCAAUUAAGUCAUGCAGUGAAAUAUUUACUAUGUUCAGACUUCAGUUAGGUUUAGAAAUUCACUACAUAGAAAUGUUCCAUUCAAACACAUCAGAUGAAGUGAAAGAAAAUGUUAAGAAAAAUAUGAAUGACAUAAAUGGAUCAAUAAGAAUUCUUGCUGCCACUAGUGCUGCAGGAAUGGGAGUCAAUUUCCAAGGAGUGAAACAUGUUGUAAAUUGUGGGCCUCCAGCCGACAUGGACAGUUUUGUUCAACAAUAUGGAAGAGCCGGAAGAGAUGGAUCCUUUGCAACUGGAUUGCUUAUUUAUAAUGCUAAGCAAUGUAAAAAAAAUGAUAUGGACAUGAAAAACUACCUGGAUUCACCAGAUUCAUCAAAUUCGGAUUCAGAUUGGAGUUAUUGA